AGAGAUGAAAAUGUCCAGCAAUGUGAUCUAUGUCGUUUUGCUGUUACGGGGUCUCUCUAUAGCAUCUGUUAUUCACAUUGAAGCUAACCCCAACAAUGUAGUUAUCGGAAUGACAAGAUACCUUGAAGUCAAAUGUUCCAUAACAAGAGGAAGGGGGUUCAGCAUGGACAGUCUUAUCUCUAUAAUAAUAUCACGAUCAACAAACACAGAACUCACAAACUUUAAAGAGCUGGCGUCACUGACGAUGUUUAUACAACAAGUUCAGAUUAAGGAUGUGUCUGAACUUAACGUUCUAGCUACUGGAAAAAUCGACAACAACGGCGAAUCGUACAUUAGUCUGGUUUGGGAAUACCCGGACGCAACGAAAUCUGGCAUAUAUCAAUGCGAGGCACACGGUGUUGACCAAACUGGCCAUCCUGCCUUUGUCAAUUCGACAGUAGUGGUUUCCAACAGCCGUCCAGAUAUAGAAUCGCUAGCUGGAGAAAUCAAGAGUUUAGCAUCAAUGAUAGAACACCUUACUUAUAAGAUGGAUAUACUAAUGCAUGGUCAACUACUGUUAACAAACUGGCGUGAUUCAUGGAUGAGUGUUGCGGAAAAUAUGUUGUUUGAGAAAUCAUUUUCGUACAUUGAUCGACGCUAUCUUCUAUCAAAAACAACUAGAUUUUCCAAUUCGACAAAUGAAGAAUCGGUGUGUAAUUUUUUUGGCGGAUACUUGUUAGAGAUAGAUACCGAAGAGGAACAUAAUUUUAUAAUUACGAAUGUGACUUCGUUGGCACACGGUUUCGCUCGUGUUCAUUUUAGUCCAACUAACGAAGGUCACCUAAACGUUUGGAAAAACCGACACAGCAAUACAACCGUCACUUAUUUUAAGUGGGAUACUGGUUAUCCUACAAUGGCCAGUAACCUGAACUGUUUAAUUUUGAGCCCUCCUACGUGGCUUAUGAGAGAGGAAUAUUGUAAUUAUUUCAGUGAGGAAUAUUCUGGUUACAUUUGUGAGGUACCACUCAACUAAAUUCAACUAAAAUACGGAAUACAGGUUUACUGACCUUAAGAAAUGUUAUUUUAAAAUUGAACAAAUCUACAUAUCUUUCUAUUGUAUUUCAAGUUACUUAAAAUUUAAUAGAUUUUAUAUGUCAAUUGCUAUGUUUGCAAUACAUUAGAAAUAUAAUAUCAUAGUAUUUUACAUACAAUUGCUAGUUAAUUAAAGCAAAUCUGGACUGUUCACAAAUUUUGAA